AGAAAAGAGAAAGGUGACCCUUUGAACUCCGCCAUCGACAAGAUGACCAAGAAGACCCGCGACCUUCGCAGACAGCUGAGGAAGGCGGUGAUGGACCACAUCUCGGACUCCUUCCUGGAGACCAACGUUCCCCUGCUGGUGCUCAUCGAGGCGGCCAAGAGCGGCAACGAGAAGGAGGUGAAGGAGUACGCCCAGGUGUUCCGCGAGCACGCCAACAAGCUGGUGGAGGUGGCAAACCUGGCCUGUUCCAUCUCCAACAAUGAAGAGGGCGUGAAGCUGGUUCGCAUGGCUGCCACCCAGAUCGACAGUCUUUGCCCACAGGUGAUCAAUGCCGCACUUACCUUGGCAGCCCGCCCGCAGAGCAAGGUGGCCCAGGACAACAUGGAUGUCUUCAAGGACCAAUGGGAGAAGCAGGUGCGCAUCCUCACCGAGGCUGUGGACGACAUCACUUCAGUGGAUGACUUCCUGUCCGUCUCAGAGAACCACAUCUUGGAGGAUGUCAACAAGUGCGUGAUCGCCCUCCAGGAGGGGGACGUGGACACGCUGGACCGGACUGCUGGCGCCAUCCGAGGGCGUGCCGCCCGCGUGGUCCACAUCAUCAACGCCGAGAUGGAGAACUACGAGCCGGGCGUGUACACUGAGCGCGUACUGGAGUCUAUCAAGCUGCUCUCUGAAACAGUCAUGCCCCGCUUUGCCGAGCAGGUGGAGGUGGCGAUUGAGGCCCUGAGCACCAACCCUCCUCAGGCCUUCGAGGAGAACGAAUUCAUCGACGCCUCACGCCUUGUCUACGACGGGGUCCGUGACAUCCGGAAAGCUGUCCUGAUGAUCCGGACACCAGAGGAGUUGGAGGACGACUCUGACUUUGAGCAGGAGGACUACGAUGCCCGCAGCAGGACCAGUGUCCAGACCGAGGACGACCAGCUCAUUGCUGGGCAGAGUGCCAGGGCCAUCAUGGCCCAGCUACCUCAGGAGGAGAAGGCUAAGAUUGCUGAGCAGGUGGAGAGCUUCCGGCAGGAGAAGUGCAAGCUGGACGCGGAGGUGGCCAAAUGGGACGAUAACGGCAAUGACAUCAUUGUCCUGGCCAAGCAGAUGUGCAUGAUUAUGAUGGAGAUGACUGACUUCACCAGAGGCAAAGGCCCCCUAAAGAACUCCUCAGACGUGAUCAAUGCAGCCAAGAAGAUUGCCGAGGCUGGCUCCAGGAUGGACAAGCUGGCCAGGGCUGUGGCAGACCAGUGCCCUGACUCAGCGUGCAAGCAGGACCUGCUGGCCUACCUGCAGAGGAUCGCCCUGUACUGCCACCAGCUCAACAUCUGCAGCAAGGUGAAGGCCGAGGUGCAGAACCUGGGGGGAGAGCUCAUCGUCUCCGGGUUGGACAGCGCCACCUCAUUGAUCCAGGCGGCCAAGAACCUGAUGAACGCCGUGGUUCUGACCGUCAAGGCGUCCUACGUAGCCUCAACCAAGUACCAGAAGGUGUACGGCACAGCCGCAGUCAACUCGCCCGUGGUCUCCUGGCGCAUGAAGGCCCCUGAGAAGAAGCCGCUGGUGAAGAGGGAGAAGCCCGAGGAGUGCCAGACGCGCGUGCGACGAGGAUCCCAGAAGAAGCACAUCUCACCCGUCCAGGCCCUCAGCGAGUUCAAGGCCAUGGACUCCUUCUAGAAACGUCCGUCUGAAACAAAGAAGAAGAAGAAAAAAUUACAACAAUUAUGACGAGAAGUUUAAGAUAGCGCCCUUUCUUUCUCUUUGUGUUCAUUUUGUUUUAACUUUAUUUUGGCUAAGUCGAGAUCUACUUAUGGCACCCCCCCAGCUGUGUUCAGGGUUGUGGAGACACCGGGAGGACUACAGUACUCACUAACUUGGAAAACUACAACUCCCAUGGGCACCCUGGGCUUUUGUCGGCCAAUAGGUAGCCGGUAUGCGUCAAACACUAUUUAUUGUUCUUCUUUUAUUGUAGCUUAACAUGUGAGUCAAAAUGUGGCACACUUUAAAAACAAUGAACUUUAAAAAGGAAGGGAAAAAAAAACGAAACAUCAGAAAAGGGUCAAUCAUGACCUAGCUGUGGUUGUCAAUUAUUUUAGCAAAAGAGUUAUCCCAGCUGCUGACUGUAUGACGCCUGUUUAUGAGAGGCAUUCUGUUGAAGGGAAGAGUAGAGAAAACACUGUCAAAGGGAUACUAUCCAAGUUUAUAUGCUUCCUCCUAACUCGGUAUAUAAUGACUCUUUUCUUAUGUUACCUUAGUAGUGAUAGGAUUAACUUAUGUUUAAAGAUACCAGGAAGUGUCAGCAUCAAGUCAGAUAGUUUCUUCUUUCCUGAUAUUGAUGAUAAUCCAUACUGUGUUUUUAUCUCAAAGCACAUUUAUGGUCUCUAUGGUAUUGCAGUU